AUGAAUGGAAACUACAAGUGGAUCAAUCAAGUCGAUGAUGCAGUUGACGCCUACAAUAAUAAAAAACACCGAACAAUUAAAAUGGCUCCAUCUGCUGUGAAUAGUUCCAAUGAAAAAUUACUCCUGUCUACCGUAUACAACAACAUUAAAGGCUACACACCAAAUUCGACCACGGAAAUUUUCAAGAUUCGCGAAAUUCGUAUUACCAAUCCCGUUACAUAUCUAUUAGAAGAUUACGAAGGAAAUAAAAUUGAAGGUGGUUUUUAUGAGCCUGAACUAUUGAAAGCUGAGCAUCCGUCAAUUUAUCUUGUGGAAAAAAUAUUGAAAAGGAAUGGUAACUAA